GCACAGCAAAUUCAAUUUAGGGGUCAGAGCUCUUUUAGUUUGAUGGUUGACGAAUUCAGUAGUUAACUUAUUCAGUUUCAUUCAGCCUCAACUUUGCACAUCCCAAAAUCACCUCGGCCUGCUCAAAUGUGUCUAAUUGAGGACUGUAAUCUUCUCCUGCUGGAUCAGUGAGCCAGAUGACCAACCCUACGCCCCUUCACUUUUUCUACAAAAUCAAGGGGAAGAAUGUGUGUGUUCUUAUGCUACUGUGUGUUCCCCUCUCCAUGAUGGACAUUCCUGGUCCUUGCAAACAUGCCAUAACCAUGGACCACCUACUUCAACUAAAACAACUGAUGACUAAUCAGUUGCGGACUGGCUGUUCAAUAACAUAUACGUUCAUCGAAAGGAAACACCUGAGUGUGAUGUGUUAUGUGAAGGCUUCUUUGCCAAGGGUGCUGGAAUUGCUAAAUGUCCACUUUCAAUACUUGCGAGGAUCCGGCAGUGCACAAGCAGUGGUCUCCAUCCAGAACCUCAUUCUCAACAUCUACUCGCAACACUGCAUACCUUCAAUAAAUGAAGAACUGGAGGAGGACCCUGUGGCAUUUGAGAGGCAGUACAAUGAGUCUCCUGUCCAGGCACUACAAAGAGUAGAGGAGGUUCUGUCCCUCUACUUGCAACUCAUCACAACCACUGACACUCCUCUUAACUGGACCUGCGAGCAAGAGUACAGCAGCAACACACUCCAUACUGUAACACAGAUAACCACUAGCACAGAGACUGCGGUGGAGUUAUUCAGGCAAGAUCCUCAGGGGUCCUCCAGCAAUGAUUUCUACAGGCUGGCCUUCAUUGUAGUCUCCAUCUGUGGAGGAUUUCUCACCCUACUUACUGUCUACUGCCUCCUAGAGAGAAAGAAACUGCGGCAUCAACUUCACAGAGCAAGAAUGUCAUUGGACUGGGGAUCACAAGUUGUCCAAAACUUUGAAGCAGAAGAGCAAGAAUGCCAGAUGUCCAAUCCACAGCGGUUUGGGUCUCAUCUCUCCACUGUUUUCUAACUGAUGUGAUGGUUCUAACUGGAUACUCAAGACACCAUCAAGAAGGCAACUAUGACAUCACAUGGACCAGAUUUUCUAAAUAUGUCUGAUUUUUCAAGAUCACUAAUGCAGUAUUUGUAUGACCUUGUAAAUAUGUAAAUAUUGAUUACUAUUACAAAAAUAAUUGUCUGAACUACUGGAAAGGUCUAUUAGUCCAAGUUGCAUGUCCAAUAUUGCUAAUCCACAAUGCAACUAAAAACUUAACUAGACUGGGAGCACAAGGAAAAGCAGCAUCAUUAUAUGAUAUGUAACAGAGUGGAUUUGAGCUAUGCAAUGUUGAAUUCAGAUGAUCAUAAUUCAGUUGUCAACCUAAAAUAACGCCAUUAUUGUUCAUAUGUGAGCAAUAUCAUACAGUAAUGGCUUAAUUGUUAAUACUGAACAAUUCCAUUCAUUUUCAGUUAUAAAGUAAAUAUAUUAUUACAUUUAAGGAGGUUAAGGGAGUUUACUCACAACUGUCUUAAGACAAAUUCUCUAAGAUAACACACAAACUGUCAGUUUUGGAGAUCCUGUAUAUGAGACAAAAAGCCAAAAAGUGGACAAAAGGUAUUCUUUUUAUUUCAGGUGGCAUGAUGAUAUGGAAAUGCUAAUUGUGCUGAUGACUAAAAGUAUUGCAGUGAAGAGCACAUUUUACCAAUCACUUUAGACGAGGCAGUUUGCUUUUUCGAAUACAUAUUACUGUUGCUAUAUAGUACUGUCACUGUUUUAAAUGUUUAUCAAACCACAAAUCCAUUCAGAAACACAUGUAUGCAUUACAAAAUAAAGGGAAAACCUGAUAUCAAUGUUUUAAACAGAUAACUUCAGCCUUUUGAUUUGUGUUUUAUUUCUGUCAAACCUCCUGUUAGACUGUGCAUCAUCUUGUUUAGCUAAGCAUUGAACAUUAGCAGAUUUAUCUCCCUUAAAAGAAAACACAAAUAAAAUAAAUGUGGUGGGAUUUUAGGAUGUCUGCUAAAGAUUACAACUACACUCAAAUGAAAGAGUCUUUAGUUAGAAGAAAACAGGAUGAGGCUUGUGAAACAGAUUUGGAGUCAUGCCCUCCUCUACCAAAUACAUAUCAAAAAUGUAUUUUCCAAAACAAUUAAAUGGAAGGGCCACUUAAAUACAAAUGUGAAAAAGUUCAGCCACUAAAAACAAAAAAACAUUUUAACUGAAUAAUGCUCUUUGUGUAUUUCAAUGGUCACUUCCAUUCAUAUUUAUACAAAAUGCACAUAAAGGGAGCAUAAAAAUAAUCCUAAAAAUAAUCUUUUGAAGUAAUAUGAUAGGUGUGGGUGAGAAGUCCUUUUUUACUUUCCAUUUCCACUUUCUCAAUAUUCUUUUGUUUUUGGUGAUUCACAUUCUUAUUGAUCACCACCUACAGUGCAGUGAGAAUUUAUAGUAAUAAAGGACUUUAUUAUUGUAUUAUUAUUAUUAUUAUCCGUUUCCACACCUAUCAUAUCACUUGUGAAGAUAUAAUUUAACCACUUUGUUUGCUGCCUUGGAGCUUCAGAAUUUUGGUCUCAUUCACUUUUUCUAAAAAUCUUAAUUUGUGUCAUGCUGAAAAAAGAAAGUAAUACACAUCUGGGAUGACACGAGGGUGAGUAAAUUAUGAGAAUUUUUUGGGUGAACUAUCCCUUUAAUGUUUGCCCUCCAUAUGGUUAAAAUGAGGACACGUCAAUUAUUCCAUGUAAAAACAGUUAUAAAGUAAUUUCGAGGGAUAACUAAAAUGUGUUAGUUAACGAUCAGUUCCAUUUUUAUACAAGGCUUGUGAAAUGUUUGUUCCACCAAAGACAUUCAUCAGUCUUUCUUAUUCCUAAAAUAAUUUUGGUAGCAGCACCUUUCUUCCCCACACUCGUCCUUUUUUCAACUUUCACAACAGUUGUAUGUAAACAUCUAUGGCAUGUUUUAGAGAUUUAGUAGUUUUUCCACAUUGCUUUUUCCUCAAGAGCAUUUAUGGUCUGCUAGUCAGUUGCCUCUUCACAAGGGAAAUUAUACUUUGCCUCUUCACCAUGAUGGUUUUAUAAGGAGACUAUGUUUUGACCUGGUCCUAUAAUACCAAGCAAGAGAGUUAUUUCCUUCAAUCAAGUUUUAAAUAGAUUUUGGUAUACCCAAUAUUAUGGAUUGACCAAAUGUUGCUUCUCAAGCUACCCAAUGCAAGAGAAAAAGCACAAAAGAAAGUAUUUCUUUCUUGCUGUGCUAAAGGCACAUAUUUCAAAACUGUUGAAGUCUGGAUAAGUAACUUUUUCAGUGAUUGUUAUGGUGCUAAAACAGGUGUUAUGCAAUUUCAGAAAUAAACAUUUCCCAAUUAGUUGCAAUACCCCCGUUUUACAGGGCAUUAUUUACAUUUCCGAGGGCCUAUUUUUUCCGACCAUUUAAAUAUAUGCGGUUUGCCAUCUCAUGUCGAAUACUUACA